UCCUGAGCCACAGAAGAAAAUGGAGCUCCUGGGAGGUGCCACGGUUGUUCUCCUGGUUUGCAUUGCUUGCCUGCUCUCCUUUGCAGCAUGGAAAGGAAGGUCUGGAAAGGGGAAGAUGCCUCCAGGACCAGCUCCCCUUCCCAUUCUAGGUAACCUGCUGCAGGUGAAACCCAGUAACUUGGCCAAAACUCUCCAGAAGCUCAGUAAAGAGUAUGGACCAGUGUUCACAGUGCACUUGGGCACUGAACCAGUGGUGGUGCUGCAUGGACAUGACGUGGUGAAAGAAGCCUUGGUUGAUCGUGGAGACGAGUUUGCUUCCAGAGGACACAUGCCAGUUGGAGACAGGGCUAACAAUGGAUUAGGGAUUAUUUUUAGCAACAAUGAGCUAUGGUUACACAUGCGGCGGUUUUCUCUCACUACUCUGCGGAACUUUGGGAUGGGGAAGAGGAGCAUUGAAGAGAGGAUACAGGAGGAAUGUGACUACUUGCUGGAAGAGAUUGACAAAACAAAGGGAGCACCUUUUGACCCAACCCGCGUGCUGGCCUGUGCUGUCUCCAAUGUCAUAUGCUCCAUCGUCUUUGGGAAACGAUAUGAUUAUAAAGACAAGAAGUUCCUGGGUCUGAUGAACAACAUGAACAACAUCUUUGAGAUGAUGAGCUCCCGCUGGGGACAGCUCUACCAGAUGUAUUCAAAUAUCCUGUAUUACCUGCCUGGCCCACACCAAAGCAUAUUUGCAGAAUUUGAUGCUCUGAAAGCAUUUGUAGAAGAGGAGGUGAAGUUGCACCAAGCCUCCCUAGAUCCCAACUCCCCCAAUGAUUUCAUCGACUGUUACCUCACCAAAAUGCAGGAGGAGAAAGAUCGUCCCAAUUCCAGUUUCUUCAUGAAGAACCUGAUAACAAGCACCUUUGACUUGUUCAUUGCUGGAACCGAGACAACAAGCACCACUAUACGAUAUGGGCUUCUGCUUCUUCUCAAACAUCCAAAGAUACAAGAGAAAAUUCAAGAAGAGAUUGACCGGGUAGUAGGACGAUCAAGAAAACCUUGUGUGGCUGACCGGACCCAGAUGCCCUACACAGAUGCUGUGGUCCAUGAAAUCCAGCGCUUCAUCUCUCUUAUUCCCCUGGCUCUCCCUCACACUGUGACCAAAGACACCAGCUUCAGAGACUACGUCAUUCCUAAGGGCACCACGAUAUACCCUGUCCUCACUUCUGUCCUCCACGACAGUAAAGAGUUUCCAAACCCACACGAGUUCAAUCCUGAACAUUUCUUGCACAAGAAUGGCACCUUUAGGAAGAGUGACUUCUUCAUGCCCUUCUCAGCAGGAAAACGAAUAUGCCCUGGAGAGGGCCUGGCACGAAUGGAGAUAUUCUUAGUCACAGCCACCAUCUUGCAGAAUUUUACUCUGAAGUCUGUUGUCAGCCCCCAGGAGCUCGACACAACCCCAACUCUGAGUGGGACAGGCAAUGUACCUCCUGUCUACCAGCUCUGUGCUGUCCCCCGCUGAAAAGCACUGAACAUUGCUCCAGUGUCCUGAAACUGGCGAUUCCUUUACAUCUUCUUUACUAAAAUUAGCAGCAGGAGCAUUGACCCACCUUUCCCAGGCCU